UUCCUAUUCUCUAUCAACCGUAAACGUGUUCUCUAUUAUACGUGAGGUUCACGUAAUAUUCAACGCAAACCUCGAUAUAAGGAAACACACUUUCGAAUUAAUUUUUCCAAUUCGCACGUCUCGUCAAUUCAAGGAAACUCUCAAGAAUUUCCUUUGGUCUUUCUUCCGUAUCUGGUCUAUUCGUUCGUCUAUACAAAAUUUGAUUGUCCAAGGGUUUUGAGAAGAGGAGGAAGGCUCAGACAAAAGUUCAGUGUUGAAAAUUUUGAAUUGAUCUGUAACAUUGGAGCCAAUACAAUACAAGCACUUCUUUCAUCAACGGUCGCGUGUUAUAAAGUCAGUUCCUUGUUCCAAGCUGUGAUGUUUUUUCCUUGAUAUAUGCAUACAUACAUAUAAUUAUAUAAAUAUACAUUAAAUGUGCGUUUGAUUUGUGGAAAGCCAUCAAACAUGUAAUCUCCCUGUCAUGUUAUGGAAUAUUUACUUGCCUUGGUCUUGGGUUGUUAUUAUAUGAUUGGUUCUAAUUUACAUUUGUUUAUUCUAACCUUCAGGUGUUAUGAUCUAAUGGAGUCUAAAAGUGGGAAAAAGAAGUCUAGCAGUAGCAAAUCCUUGUUCUACGAAGCUCCCCUCGGUUACACUAUUGAAGACGUUCGACCAAACGGUGGAGUCCAGAAGUUCAGAUCUGCUGCUUACUCCAACUGCGCACGCAAGCCAUCCUGAGAUUCCCUGUGCUUCUUGAUCAUAACCACCUUAACUGGUGGAGUUAAAGUUUAGCUAGUUCCUAUUACCUGCUCUGUCAUACUCUUCUUCUUCUUCUUCUUCUUCUUCACUCGUCCUAGUUAAUCCCUCUCUUCAACAAUCAGUCUACUAAGUCAACUUUUAAGUCCAAAUGGCAUCAACAGCAUCUGCAAUUGGGUUUGAAGGCUAUGAAAAGAGGCUUGAGAUCUCAUUUUAUGAGUCUGGAGAAUUUUCUGGCCCUAGAGGCGAAGGCUUGCGAGGUCUUCGCAGAGAACAAUUAGAUGAAGUUCUAAAACCUGCUCAGUGCACUAUCGUCUCAUCACUAGCCAAUGACUAUGUUGAUUCAUACGUUCUAUCUGAAUCUAGCCUCUUUGUUUACGCAUACAAGAUUAUCAUCAAAACAUGUGGCACCACAAAGCUCUUGCUCUCUAUCCCACCCAUCCUAGAUUUGGCCCUUGGGCUAGGCCUUGAAGUGAAAUCUGUUAAAUAUACUCGCGGUAGCUUCAUCUUUCCCGAGGUCCAACCGUACCCUCAUCGUUGUUUCUCCGAAGAAGUCGCCAUUCUCGAUGGGUAUUUUGGUAAACUUGGUUCCGGAAGUAAAGCAUAUGUGAUGGGUGGUUUUGGUACACAGAAGCAAUGGCAUGUCUAUUCUGCAUCUUCUGAAUCUGAAGAAAACAAGCUGUUGCCAGUCUAUACUUUGGAGAUGUGCAUGACUGGGUUGAACAAGAAGAAAUCAUCUGUGUUUUUCAAGACACAAUCAAACUCUGCUAUCGAUAUGACUGAAAGGUCCGGAAUCUGUAAGAUUCUCCCUGGAUCGGAUAUAUGCGACUUUGAUUUUGACCCUUGUGGGUACUCGAUGAAUGCCAUAGAGGGAGGGGGGAUUUCGACAAUUCAUGUGACUCCAGAAGAUGGAUUCAGCUAUGCAAGUUUUGAAGCGAUGGGUUAUGACUUCAAAGAUGUUGUCAAGUUGGAUGAUCUUAUCGAGAGGGUGUUGGCCUGCUUCCAACCUGCUGAGUUCUCUGUUGCUUUGCAUAGUGAUGCCCUUGGAGAGAAGCUUGACUCAGUUUUCAAUAUUGAUGUGAAUGGAUAUGUCUGUGGUGAGAGGAGCUGUGAAGUUCUUGGAAAGGGAGGAUCAAUAAUGUACUGUGGGUUCACUGGCAUUGGAAGUGGCGGGUGUGGGUCUCCUAGGUCCACCCUUCUCUGUUGUUGGAGCGAGAAUGAGGACGAGGAAGGAGGGAAGAAAUCCUUCUAAGUAAUAAAGUUGUUAUUAACUCUCUUCUUUAGUACUAUGUUGUCGAGUCUGAUUUUUAUUUCCUGUCAUUUCUACUUAUUUGGAGUCUGGUGUGUCUGUUUUUGUUGUCCAUGUGAUUUGAUAAACUUAAGUUAAUGAAUAACUCAUGUGGCCUAUUUGUAGUUGCAUUUGUAUUGCUUUUAUAUACGAUCUAUGGAUUCCUGCAUUUGCACUGUUAUAAGCAUUUGAUCCUGUGUGUUCA